GAACAACAGCAAUCGUGUUCAGUGCAAUAUGCCACCCAAGCCAUGACACAUCUUGAGCAGUAGCUGGUACAGCUGACAAUGGGAAGGCUGGCGAUGGAGAACGCAAAGGGCUACGGGACCGCAAAGAGUUGCUGUGACCUCGACCUUGAUUUGCACUGAGGAGUGUAGCGUGAUAGUAACGGACUUGGUUGAUGACCAGGGUCAUCCCUAUAAGCGAUAGCAAGGAAUGGAGAUGUGCUAUGAGGCGUAGUUGGUGUGGCAGAAGCGGGUGACAAUGGUCGGAGCGCAGUCAGUGGUGGAGUCAACGACACUUCUUUGCCAUCCCUGCAGCGCGCGCGAUGUUCACGCUGUAUGGUAUUAUGGGUGCGCCUGGCGUCAGCCACACACUUUACUAUAUGAUGUUUUGCGAGUCGCGUUGCGAUUCAGCCAGAACAGAAAUAACGCAAGUCAGUUACGCGGAUCGCUAUAUCGUACUUUUUGAUAUAACCUUAUACAUCUGUUCGAUCUCUCUCUUGGCUGCACACUCCUUUGAGGUGCUACAUGAAACAAUUGAUCACUACGACGUUGAGCCCGAGGACACAUACAACGUGGAUGAGAAAGACUCCAUGUUGGGAGCAAUAGGCGGACAGAAAAGGGUCCUUAGUACAGUGAGAGACCGUUCAAGAGAGCGGUUCCGGAAGCAACUUUAGGACAAUAAUCGCAAGUGGAUAAGCUUGUAGGCAUGCGUUUGCGCUAAUGGCGCAGCUCUCUUACCAUACUCAAUAUA